AUGGAUUCAGAGAGUCACCGGACGGACGGGGCUAGUACGACCACCGGGUGGUCUCGGCGGUCUUCGCGCAUUGUACCGAACAACACAGUGGUGUGCGUGGCCCAGGACGAUUCGAUAAACAUUGAACUUGUGUACUACACGGCCAUGCUGAAGAAAUUCGCGCCGAACUUGAGCAAAGAAAAAGACAAGGAAAAAGUCAUACCGUGGAUCCGGAAGCUGUACGCGGCCGAGUACGCGACCGAGUACUUCAAGACCAAGCGCAACCGGUAUCUGUUCACCAUGAUCUUGUCGAUACUCAACGACGAGAUGUACGGCGUGUUCAAAUCGCCGCCGCCCAACGGCCCGCUGAAGAGCCCCGACAGUUUCGCCGUCGCCGUCAUGCCGUUGGCCACGUGGGAGAUGGACAGCAUGUGGGAGGAGAUGUUGAAGGGCGAGGACAACAACCACGCGGUCGCGCAGUGUUCGAUGCACGCCGAGUGUCCGCCGGAGGAGCCGGACGAGGAAGAGACGGAAAUCACGGCCGACAUGGCCGAUGAGGAGAAGCAGCGCAUCGCCGACGAGAACGACAAGAAGAAAUUGGAAAAGUCCAAGAAGAAAAUCUUCAGCUCGCUGCUCGACUGGGAGUUCCAGUAUCUGCUGCACGUGGCCCGGCCGUACGCGGCGUUGAUCACGUCGCCGCAAGACAAGACCCGCGUGGCCAAGUGGUUGCAGAAGCUGUGCGGCGUCCGCAUCGAGACGGCGUGUCUGAAAAUGAAAGGCGUCCGCAACGAUUACAUGAUGACGCUGCUGGGCUACUUGUACGAUCUGAGACUGACCGGGCCGUUCGAGCAUCCGCCGCCGGACGGUCCGCUGGAAAGCCUCAACAAAGCCAUGGACAAACUCAGAGACAGCUUCCCGCUGACCGUCCCGACGCAGAACGACGUCAACGAGUUUCUGGCGGGUCAGCCGGCACCGGCCGACGGCGGAGCCUUCUGCUACAUAGCCAUUAGCGGCGAUUUACAAGCGACCAAUCUGAUCAAAUCCAAACCGAUACAAACUAAUAGCUUGCAAAUGCAAAAGACCAUCGGAUUUAUUCCUCUUCAUUCCUCUGCGGCCGGAAGAGAUUUUCGAGUGUUUCUGCGGCGCCAGAAGGCGGAUAGAAGGAAGUCACCAGAUGGCCUAAUGCAAACCAUUAAAUUGGCCACAUCGGACUAUGAAUCUUUCUUGGCUGAUACCAAACCUCAACUAAUCGAACUUCUUAAGACACUCGUUGCUGAAAAUGCUAUCAAAUAUACGUUGAAACUUGAGUCGACUUACAAAAUCCCAUCCACCGAGGUUCUUGAAAACCGGGCUUUCAAGACGUCUGCGAGGACAUUGCUACCUGAGACCAUCAUUGAAGACCAAAUAACUGAUGACUUUAACAAAUUAUUAGUUGAAGAAGAAGACAUGGCUGGCAAAGGAUCUUGGUUUUCUCUGGAAAAGAUUGAUG